AGUUGUGGUCAAGAAAUUCAGAACACGGUUUACACUAGCAGUAACAUUUAAAUCCAGCUAUGCAGAAAGCAAUUCUAUUUGUCGUUGCUACCCUGGCCGUGGUGGGCGCGGAAUCUAUGUUACUAGAAGACGAAGAAGGUCGUCAGUUUUAUCUACAGCCUAUUCUAAGCCGACAUAGAAGGCAAGACAAACCUCAACUCUUUGGAGGUGGCGGAGCUAACGGCCAACAACAGGGGGGCGUGAUCGGCAUUAGGAAUCCUAACGGGUCUGGUGGAAGCAUCGGAUACGGCCACGCCAAAGGGUACGGCCAUGACGUCAGCCUAGACGCUAUGGUUCCCGUAUGGCAAAGGGGGCAGUCGACGGUAAACGUGGGGGGAGGCGUAACCCACCAUUUCGGAGGUUAUGGCGGCGACAGGACGUUGGACCGCCGAGUCGGAAUUAAUUUCAAUCAUCGAUUUUGAUAGCCUUUACG